AUGUCGGACCCAAAGUACGCGCAGUCUAAAUUUCUCUCCAAGGGCCCGCUGGACAACAGCGAAGCAAAAUGGGCAACUCUAGUCAAGACGAACUACUGCGAUCCGAAUGGGGUUGAAAGGACCUGGGAAUCGGCAGAACGACUGACUCGGCCCGCGAACUGUGAGGUGGACGGAGUGGGUAUUGUGACCAUCAUGGACAAGGCCACAGGCCCAGAGCUUCUCCUCCAAAAACAGUAUAGGCCUCCCAUCGACAAGGUUGUUAUUGAAGUGCCAGCCGGACUGAUCGAUCCAAAUGAGACGGUCGAAGAGUGCGCAGUGCGUGAGCUCAAGGAGGAGACGGGUUAUGUGGGUGUGGCCGAAGAGACGAGCACGGUCAUGUACAACGACCCAGGUUUCUGUAAUACAAACUUGAAUAUGGUACACGUUCGCGUGGACAUGUCUUUGCCUGAGAAUCAGAACCCCAAGCCGCAACUCGAGGAUAAUGAGUUCAUUGAGUGCUUCACCGUUCCGCUUGCUUCGUUGUUUGACGAGAUGAAGAAGCUAGAGGCCGAAGGAUACGCAAUCGAUGCUCGUAUUGGAACAAUAGCGGAAGGCAUCGAAUUGGCAAAGAAGUGGAAGCUAUGA